AUGGUUGAAGAACAUUUAGUGGGGAAAAAUAAACGUAAACGUGUUCCAAAUAUGCUUAUUUUGCCAUUUGAUGAAUUAUGGAAGAAUAAAAAAAUUUUUGAAAAUAAAGAAAUGAGGGAAAUGAUUAAGAGAGAAUGGAAUUUAAAAAUGGUAGCAUAUAUGAUUAAAAAUGAUAAUUUUAAUAUUGAUGAAAGACUUGAUGAAGAGGAGAUAAUACCCGAUCUAAAUGAAGCAGUGAAGUUAAAAAUAGUUCUUGAUGAAUGUGACCGUAUAAACGAAUUUCUUAUGGCUCUAUGUAUUGUAGAAGAGCAAAUGAAAUAUUAUAAAGAAUGGGAAAAUCAACGUUCUUUUCACGAUAUUCAACAAGUUUUAAAUUCACUUUUUGGAGCUGAAAAUGUAAAAAUCUUAAAAGAUAUUGAUAAAAUUGCUGAGAAUGAAUUGGAUAAUUUACAUUCUGCUGAUGAUGUACUUUUAUCGUAUCUUUCGAGUAGUCAGAGUGAAGUAGAUGAAAUUAUAGAGCGAAUUUAUGAGGCUGAGAAUGUUGUUUACAAAGCAAAAGAAAUGGUGAAGAAAUUAAAUAAAGUUUAUCAACGUCUGAAAGAGGAGAAGGAAGAGAUUCCUAAAAUUGGAAAGAAGAAGGAUGAGAAUGAAAAGAUGAACAAGGAUGAAGCGGAAGAAAUGGGGAAGGAAGAAUUGAAGGAGGUGAAGAAGAUUGAUGAUGUGGAUAAUGUGAAGAAGGAAGAGCCAAAUCAAGAAAGGAAGGCUUAGAUGAAGAAAAAGAAUAAUUAGAAGUGAAAAUGCUGAAGAAAGUAAAACUAGAAAGGAAAGAAUAAA